AUGGGUGACUGGAGCUUUCUGGGGCGACUGUUGGAGAACGCUCAGGAACACUCCACUGUGAUAGGAAAGGUUUGGCUGACCGUCCUCUUCAUCUUCCGUAUCUUGGUGCUGGGCGCGGCGGCCGAAGACGUGUGGGGCGACGAGCAGUCCGACUUCACUUGCAACACGCAGCAGCCCGGUUGCGAGAAUGUUUGCUACGACGAAGCCUUUCCCAUCUCCCACAUGCGCUUCUGGGUGCUGCAGAUUAUCUUUGUGUCCACGCCGACCCUAAUCUACCUGGGACACGUGCUGCACAUUGUACGCAUGGAGGAGAAGAGGAGGGAGCGGGAAGACGAGAACAGGAAGUUAGGUCGGCACCCGGGGGACCACGACCCCCUCUACCACAACGGAGACAGCGGUUGGAAGAAGGAGAAGCCGCCGAUCCGCGACGAGCACGGCAAAAUCCGUAUCCGCGGGGCCUUACUGAGGACCUACAUCUUCAACAUCAUUUUCAAGACCCUGUUUGAGGUGGGCUUCAUCCUGGGACAGUACUUCCUCUACGGCUUCCACUUGAGGCCACUCUAUAAAUGCCGCCGCUGGCCCUGUCCCAACACAGUGGACUGCUUUAUAUCCAGGCCAACUGAAAAAACGAUAUUUAUCAUCUUCAUGCUGGCGGUGGCUUGCCUUUCAUUGGUCCUCAACCUGCUGGAGAUCUACCACCUGGGCUGGAAGAAAGUCAAGCAAAGCGUCACGAAUGAGUUUGCGGCCGACAACGAGUCCCUGCUGCUGGGCGCAGUGCGAGCCGGAGACGCCAAGACUCUUCCCGAGGAGGUCAGUCCACCGGCGCUCGACUGUUUGCCGAGGUACGCCAGCGUGAGUGUGGUCGGGGGCAGCGUAGCCGAGGGGGGUGCCGACAGUCCCGCCGAGGUAAUCUCCUUAAAUCCCGACACGGCAACCGGUUCUGUCAAGAUGGACCGCACCUUGUUCCACUCAGAUGACCUCCUGUUACAGUCGCUGCCUGGUUCCAUUUAUGGAGGAGUCCACAGACAGCUGACAGAGGAGAAGCAGAACUGGAGGAACAUGGCGUUAGAAAUGGAGGACGCCAAUGGAAAAAACUCCUCCGGCUCUUACCCUCCUCCCUCACCUCGAAUCUCCUCCUCCUCCUCCCAGCCGGAGGAGUCGAGUAUCCCCCCUCCGCCGGAGUCCCAACACUCCACUUUUCCCACGCUCCCUUGCCACGCUCGUCUCUACCUCCUCUCGCUGGAGGAGGCUUUGGCAAGUGAGGAGAAAGCAACGGUGAGCGACGACUCCACCGUGGUUACCAAAGCGGAGAUGCAUCAGCCUCCUGAUAUGCAGAAGUCAAGACGGGUGGGCGAGAGCAGCGGCGCCAGGGCUCGGCCUGAUGAUUUGGCUGUGUAA